AUGUCUGGGAACGGUACAGACAUCCACACCGGUGGGGAUGACGACACGUUCUGCAAGAACGAUCCUCAUCUGUACGUCCAGAUCUUUGGCACCAUCAUCUUCUUCCUGGCCUGGCCUCUCGUGGUGCUAGACACCAAGUACUUUCCUCUCGGACGUCCGGCAGCUGCUCUCGUCGGCGCAGCUUUCAUGGUCAUCUUCAACAUCAUCUCCCAGGACGAGAUCUACGAGAUCGAAGGCAAGAUGGGGAACCUUCAGGCCCUCUUCCUGCUGGUCGGCAUGAUGACCAUGUCCUACUACUUUGAUCGCGAGGGACUGCUCCGUAUGGUUGCUCUCUACAUCUUUGGAGAGGGAAAACCAAUGAAGGCGGUUCUGUGGAGAGUGUGUCUGCUGGCUGGUGUCAUGGCUGCCUUCAUCACCAACGACGCCACUGCUCUCGUACUCAGUCCACUGCUCUUCAAAGAAUUCAUCCGACAGGGCCGACCAAAACGCGAACUGCUCCCACUAGCUCUGGGUAUCGCAACAUCAGCCAACAUCGGGAGCUCUUCCACCAUCUUUGGGAACCCACAGAACGCCUUCAUCUCCUCGGCAGCCGGAAUCCCUCUCAUCGACUUCUUCACUGCCCUUCUCCCCGCCGCCAUCCUGGGUCUGGCUAUCAGCAUCGGCAUGCUACACCUCAUCUUCAUCCGAGAGCUCUUUCUGCAAAAGGGUGACGAAGACGAAGAAGAGCCACCACCGGAGAAGGUGGAGAUGGAGCGUGUCGCACAAACCAGUGGAACCAUUCCCGAGGAGAGGAACGCCAUGUCUAUGGAGAUGGACCCCAGCGCUGACCCCUACCUCUCCAGUCAGAUCGCAGAGGAGCGCGACCGAAUGCAAGAUGGAAACCCCCGCCUUACACCAUCAGGAUCUCGACACAGCAUGAAGGUGAAGGAGGCACAGGAGGCCGAGAAUGAGGAGCCGGUCAACAGGAUCAAGCCCUUCAAGGAGCGCACGUGGAAAGAGCUGAUUUUCGCUGGCUGGCUCUGCUUCAUCAUGCUGUUUGUUGUCGUUCUCCUCACCAUCCCUCCACCACCGACGGUCAAGUCAAAGUUCAACCUGGGUCUCAUUCCACUCGGUGCCAGCAUCCUCACCAUGUUGGUCGAUUCCAUCAUCAACCGCAAAUACGCCUUCGACGCCAUGGCUCGCGUGGACUGGACUGUGGUGCUCAUGUUCAUGGGUCUCUUUGCCUGGAUUGGAGGCUUCCAGAACACCUGCAUCCCCAAGCGCAUCUUUGACGGCCUCGCCGAGUACAUGAACCUGCACACCUUUGGUGGAGUCAUCCUCUUCACAGUGUUUGUCAUCAUUGGAGCCAACAUCUUCAGCAACGUUCCGCUCACCAUCCUCAUCAUCGACCGACUCCCCGAUCUCUGUGGGGAUGAGAAGUGCACCGGUCCACUGGGUGGUCUCAUCCUUUCCUGGGUGGCCACCAUCUCAGGCAACACUUCCCUCAUCGGCUCCAUCUGCAACCUCAUUGUAGCAGAGAAAGCUCGCAGCACGCUCAACUAUCAGCUCACCUUCCUUCGCUACGCCCGGUUUGGCCUGGCUUCGGCACUGCUGGUCAUCUACUGUGGUCUACCAUUUGUAUAUUUCCUGGGCCGCUACGCCACAUAG